CACUUCCCUAAGCAGACAAACAAUUGUAUUGUCUUAUCCUCAUUUCACUGGAAAUGUAACUUUAUCUGAGAAUUCAAGUACAUUGUUGUUAUACCAAAGUUGUAAAGUCCAUGUGGUGAUAAACUUUAAAAGUUUAACAAAGCCAAGUCUAUCAACAUAAACACAAAUUCUGUCAUUCUAUUGGUCGAGAGCCAACCUUGUUUACAACUGAUAAUCUAAAGUGGAAGCAACAAUGUGAAAAUAGGAAGUAAAUAUACAGAAUGUCCCUGUUUUCUCUGAAUCCCCCUGACAGUAACCUGAUCAGGUCAAGUCUAUGGCUGGGGUUUAUAAAUACAGAGCUUGAUUCAAGUAGAGUCACAUCAGAGAACACUAAGACAUAACUCACAGGGUACAGACAGAACUAUCUCAAAUACAAACAUGAAGAAUAUCAGCAUCGCUGUUGCAGUCGCAUUAGCCUGCAUUAUAGCAGUCACUUUUGCAAAAAACAUUGAAGAAACUGAAACUCAGGAAAAUGCCAUCUCAGCAGAAGAAGCACAGAAGAAUCUCGAAUUGAUCGAAUAUUAUGUAAAUAAAACUAAAUUGAGCCCAUAUAGUAAAUUUAUUGUGGAAUCUGGCCUAAAGAGGAUCAAACGCGCUGGCGGAACCAGAGGAGAUAAUACUCAUUGGUGUUGUAAGGAAGAUCCUGUCUAUAACAAAGAAUAUCACACAAGGGCCGUUCGAGAAUUGGUUCCCGUUACUAAAACACGUCGUGGCUCAGGAAAAUGUGGAUUCGGAGGUUGGUCACGAUGCACCAGAGAUGAAACUUACACAACCGGGGAGGUCCAUUACAAACAAGUUGUAGACACAAGAGAGGUUACUGCUGCAGAGUGGGUGAAUGGUUGUCCAGACAGGAAAAUUGUAUGCUGCAAGGGCUUCAUUCUCAACAAAUUUGUCAACAAUUGCAUGACCAAUGCAGAACUUGAUGAGCUACUGAAGAUCCUGCACAGAAAUGAGGCAGCUCUCCCUCUGCUUGAGAGGUUUGGACAAGGAAAAUAAACCUGACUUGACACCCUUGGUAAAGCAGCACAGCAAAACAAAACUUGAAAACAAACCUGACUUGGCACCCUUGGUAAAGCAGCUCUGCAAAACAACACUGAAAAAUAGACUUCACAUGACACGCUGGAAAAACAAUGCUUACAAAAAUAAACUGACAAUAAAUUGAACCAGGCAGUACAGAUGCUGCAGUAUAAACCAACAGUAAUCAAAAACAUACAAGACUUUUGUGAUGAAAACUGAAUGGAAAAAGUUAGCCAGUUGAAGUGCAGUAGCAAACAAGUUUUGGAAAUUUAUUUAUUUAUUAUAUUUCUUUACUACAUUUGAUGUGUGUUAUUUUAUUUGAUCUUGUUCAUGAACUGCUGGCAACAAAAUGGCUUAAUGCAUGCUCAGAUACUUUUAAAGCAUUUGUCAAAUGUGCACAAACAAAACAGAUCUCAAAAUCAUCACUUAAAAAAUAUAUAUUUGGUCUGAACCAAAAAUGUUCAAUUCAUAUUGUUUACAGCCAAAGGUGAUAUAAGGCAUCAGUAUUUUUAUAUUUUGGUAUGAAAAACUUAAGUAUAUAUGUUA